AGCGGUUGAAUGAUAAGUUAUAAACGAUGGCCAUGCGAGCAGAACAUGUUUUUGGUGGCAAGCGUUGGUUGACACUAGCGCUUGUGCUCUCACUCACGACCUCAUCACUGGGGGGAGUGCUGGACACCAGGCUGGGGGUGGACUUCCUUGUUAAAUACGUCGAGUUCACAGACGUCCUCAACCUCAACUUCUUUGCGGCUCCCGGCGGUGCCUUGCUGGCGCCCAAUGCGGUGAAGCAGCUGAGCGCGAAGCGGAGGGUGGCGGUGUCAACGUUCGAAGUCGCCGACCACGUCGCCCUGACGAGUGCCGUCACCCGCGGUGCCCAGGCAGGCGUGCUCAACGCGGCAUACCUGGACACGCCUAGCGACUUGGAGCUGCUCAGAGAGGCGAGCAAUCAGGGGCCGCUGCUCAGGAGGUACCGAUGGCUGAUCCUCUGCCGCUCGGUCGCGGCUAUCAACACGACCUCCUCCAUCUACCUGCCUGUAGACAAUAAGGUUAUGUUUGUCGAGCAGACAUCCCCCAACUCGACCGUUCUGAAGCUCUACGACAUCUACCAGGCUACCAUGUUCACUAGCCAGCAGGUGCGAGCUGUUGGACAGUUCACGGCCACGGGCGGAUUAUCGAUGGCCAUGAAAGAUCCAGCGCAGAGCCGCACAAACUUCACCGGCCUCCACCUUCGCUGCGUCACGCUGCCUCAAGAGCCGUUCACUUACCUCGCUCCCGGACCUGAUGGCACCACCGUACUGCAGUCCGGCCACAUCGCCGACGUUUGGCGUAUCUUGCAAAACACGCUGGGCUUCACGUACACGUGCAGGCAACCCGCGGACAUGACUUUUGGCGUCCUCAGCAAUGGCGAGUGGGGAGGCAUGAUGCGCGCUCUGGUGGACGGCGAAGCAGACGUGAUCGUGGCGCCUCUCGACUACACCGUCGAGCGCGCCGCUGCCGUGGACUUCACCAUAGGCCUUCGCAACACAGCGACGCGGAUGGUGACGAAGAAGCGGGCAUUGAUGGACUCGACAUGGACGACGUUCACGCAGGAGUUCACGAAGGAAGCGUGGGGCGGCACUCUGGCUUUGGUGUUCCUCGCUCCGCCAUUCCUGGCCUUCAUCACGCAGCUCUCGCCCUCGGAGAAGGUUAAGAUAUCGUUGCGGGACGCUUACGUCAUCUCCGUGGGAGCGCUUGCUUUUCAGGGAGCAUCAGUGGAAACAACCAGCGGCGCCGGCCGUAUUGUGUUCAUCGUGAUAUUCCUGGGCACGCUGCUGACCUACUGCUACUACACGUCUGCCCUCACCGCGUCUCUCACGAUCGCCUCCACCACUCUGCCCGUCGAGUCGCUGCAAGACGUCGUCAACUCAGGCCACUACGACAUCGGCAUCAAGCUGGGCACUUCCAGACAGGGGGAGUUCCAGCAUUCUUUAACAUCGCCGUUCCGGGAAGCAUGGCAGCGCUUCAUCCAACCCAACCUCGGCCUCAUGCCCACAUCUCACCAAGAAGGCAUUGACAAGGUGGCAGAAGGCGGUUAUGUGUUUCUGCUCGACGAAAACGUCUUCGUGUACGAGUUCGGCAGCGACUGCCGAGUAACGCUCAUCCCGCCUCGCUACUUCGAGACUCCCACAGGCUUGGCUUUCUCACAAGGUUCCCCUUACGUCAAGAUCUUCAACCAGCUAAUUUUGCGGAUGCGCAAUGGCGGUAUUCUGGACCGAUCGUGGGAGCAGCUACAGCCCGCCAAGAAUCUCUGCGACAACAGCGACGUCAUAUCGCUUAAUCCCACACAGUUGUUCACGGCAUUCCUGCUGCUGAUGGUGGGAGCAGGCCUCGCAAUACUGAUGCUGCCUGUAGAAAAGUGGUACUGGAACAGAUAUGGAAAGAAGAAAGUUGAAGAGGAAAUUCAGCCGCCUAGUCUGUACUGGGGAACGUGGGGCUGAGGAGGGAAGUUACGUCACUGCUGCGAUUUCGUCAGUUAUUGAAGUCACCACAGCAACUUAUCGGCCUUUAAACUACACCGGAGUACUACUUGUCGAAAAGAAGUGGCAUGAGUUCCGGUAAAGCAACAUAAUUUUAAGGCUGUUGAGUCAUAAUUUUUAUAUUAUUUAUGUUCAUAGCAAGAUAUCUCUAUUGUUUCGAGUGGGUUGCAGCCAUUUAACCGAUGUGGCGACUCGGGUGUCAUUGGUGAUAAUUAGUACAACCUCUGCACUGCCAAGGCUGGCACUUCUACACUGCCAAGGCACUUAGCAUUAACAGCCACAAUGUUUUCUUUUCAUCUCAUGGACAUUGAAUGAAAACAUCACAAAGCAAUUACGGAUGUUGAAGUAGCGUAUGAUGUCUUCAGACGUAAUGUUGCUUCAAGAGCAGCCGGACGGAGAUCACGAACUGCGUCUUAGUAAACUAUGAGAAAAUGAUAUUUCUCAGAGGCAUUAGGGACACGGUGAAAGGCACUCGUGUAAUCUGAAGAAUUAUAUAUAGUUCCUUAUCAGAAAAAGUAGUUAGUAAUCUAACAUAUAUUUUUCAGUCGACUAUUGAAACUUUAGAUCACGAGAAACCACUACUAAAUUACCAGUAGUUGUCUUUCUGAAGUUAAUUAAGGAAAUUGAUAAAAGGGUGAAUUUCAGGGGAGUUUUCCAUAAAACUUCUGAAGGCAGACAUAGUACCGUCACGCUGUACUGUCAUGUUUUCGAUACAAUUUUAUAGGAGUUCAUAAGGACCGCUCAAUAUGUUGUUAUUGACGAAGCGUACUAAUUAUGUAACUGCUAGGCCUUCUCGUGUAGCGGUAAUAUAAUGUAUGUAAUCAGCCAAUCAUCAUCGGACCGCUCGCCACACAAUAACCAUUUUCUUUAGCAAUAAGUACGACAUCAUAUUCAGAAAGCACCAAACUACAAUUAAGAAAUUGUU